AUGGCCGAAGUCGACGCCCACGCUCCCGCGCGGUCGCAGUCGACCACAUCGCUGGCGCGUCUGUACCAUGGCGCGUCAGAGAAUGGAAGCGCACCUCCCACAGACGAGACCUCGGACCCCACGCUUGACUUCUGUAAUGCCUUCUGGGGCCAGGGCACACGGGGCUACGAAGUGAUCAUGGCUCGUCUCCGCGGUGCGGCACGUACCAACGACGAGAUGCGCCUGUUCUUCAAGGAGCGUGCAGCUAUUGAAGAGGACUAUGCAAAACGCUUGGCCAAGCUGGCCAAAAUGCCCAUCGGUCGUGAUGAGGUCGGCGACCUGGCAGCUGCUCUGAACCAGGUGGUGGAGGAGACGGCACUUCAGGCGUCGUACCACAUGCACGUCAGUGGAGAGCUUCACUCCACUGUCGAGCAACCAAACGCCGAGUUUAACAACCGUCUCACCAGCCUCAAAAAGGGCCUGCAGGCGAGCGUCGAAAAGUCGUAUCGCAACAAGGGCCUGCAGGAGGGCCAUGUUGCCAAGGCGAGGGAGCGUUACAAGUCGGACUGUAUCAAGCUCAACGAGUACACUGCCAACCAGCAGCUUACCCAGGGCCGCGAGCUGGAGAAGCUCCAGACUAAAAUCGACCGCUUGCGUCAGACCAUCCCCAGCGACGAGCAGGACCUGCGCAACUUUGUCAGCGUCCUCGAGCAGACAAACCAAAAGUGGGAGAACGAAUGGAGGACGUUCUGUGACCACGUCCAAGAUAUCGAGGAGGAACGCUUGGUCCACACCAAGGACAUUGUGUGGGCGUACGCCAACGCCGUGUCCCAAGUCUGCGUGGAGGAUGACACUUCGUGCGAACGUAUUCGUGAGAAGCUGGAGCAGUUUGAGCCCGUCAACGACAUGGUCAACUUUGUUCGUGGGUGGGGCACUGGGUCGUGCAUUCCCGACCCCCCUCGCUUCAUCAACUACAGUGCUGGUGAGGACGACAGCAUUCCUGGCAGCUUCCGCAAUGCCCAGUUCCGCCGUCUGUCGUCCAGGCCACCCAUGUCGGCCCCGACCCGCACGGCUCCUCCAGAGGAGGAGACCAUCCCGGAGCCUCCAGCUCCUGCUCCCAAGGAGCCCACCCCGCCAAAGGAGGAGGAACUCUUCAUCCCACCCGUCCCGGCUAUGCAGGGCCUUUCCCUCCACGACCCCCCUGUCCCAUCAUCUGAGACCAAGACACCGUUCGGCGGCGUUGCGAUGCCUGGCCUGACCUCGGCUCCUGCCGAAGCCAACCGCGAGGUUGCGCCUGUCCCUCCGUCGCCAAAGCCUGGUUCCGUGUUCGACAUGGGCCCCCCUCCUGCUCUUCCUUCUGUGGCCGCUCCCUCUGUCGUCGCCGCUCCCGCUCCUCCCAGCCCAAGCGCGCGCGAUGUCGCCGAUGAGGAGGACCCUAUGGCCCGUGCCCUCGCCCAGCUUCGCAGCGACCCACCGGGCCCUCGCAGUGUCCGCCGACAGCAGUCACAGCGUCGUACCGACUCGAUCUACUCUGCCUCUGGCCGCCCGGGCAGCACCACCGGCAGCGCUGUUGGCAGCAAUGUCGGCCGUGCUCCCUCUCCAUCGCCGAGCAGCGCUGCCCGCCAGACAGUCCAGCAGCCCCCCGCGGCUGGCCGUGCGUCCGUCGACACCUCCCUCCUCCCUCCGGCCACUGGACACACUGCCGCCGCCCUGGCCAGGUCGAUGGCCGACUUUGAGCGCAAGUCGAACACUAGCCGCAACAGCGUCAACUACUCGAGCUUUGCGGACAAUGUCGUCGGCUCGCACCCAUCGCACUCGCGUCCCACAACCCCGACUGGUCGUGCUCCUUCUCCCUCGGCUGCCAUGAUGCAGCCUCCUACCCAGCCGGUGACUCACAUUGCCGACUCGGUGCUCCCCCUGUACGGCCAAGCCUUCCCCGGUGAGCGUUCGCGUUCACGCCCGACGUCCGUCUACUCUAGCCGAUCGCGCCCUGGUUCGAUCAUGGAGUCUAUCGCUCCCCAGCAGCAGGUUCCAAGCCAGCAGCAGCAGCCUCCCGCAAGCCCGCGUGCCGGCUUUGUAGGCAUCGGUGCUGGUGCCGCUGCUCGCACACCUUCGCCAGGACCCCAGCACCGUGCCCCUUCGCCGGCUCCUGGUGUACUUGGUGCCCCCAACCUCGGCAUCGAGCUCGACCAGCACGGCGGCGUUGCACACGACUCGAUGGCUGAGGCAUACCGUCGCCAGUACGAGGCCCAGCGCCAGCAGGCUCAAGGCCAGGAGCCUCCCCAACAGCCACAGGCGCCUCCUCCUCAGGCCGCUGCUCAACAGCAGCAAUACCAGGAUCCGCGGGCGUCGCAGUACGGUGGCCAGUCGCCCUACCAGCAGCAGCAGCAGCAGCAGCAGCAGCAACAGGCUCCCCCGUCCAACUUCCCCCCGCAGCCUCAGCAAGGCUCGGUCAACAGUCAGUACGCCGCCUCUAUGCGCCUGUCCUAUGACCAGCAGGCCGGUCAGCAGCCUCAGUACGACCCACCGGGUCAGCAGCCCUAUGACGCCCAGGCGUACCCCCGUCACCAGUCCUACGACUCUCAGUCUGGGCGCCAGGCCUCGCCCUAUGACCCUCAGCAACAGCAGCAGCAGUAUGCCGCUCAGCAGCCGCCGGCGUCGCCCAACUACCAGGGCUACCCGCAGGCUCAACCGCAGCAGCCCCAGCAGCAGCCUCCUCAGCAGCAACCGCCCCAGCAGUUUGGUCAACACGCCCAGCAGCCGCAGCAGUACUCCCAACACUCGCACACACCGUCGUUUGCUGGCAGCUAUGCUUCCCAGCAGCAGCCACCUCAGCAGCCUCCUGCUCAACCUGCUCAGCAGCCACAGCAGUACUAUCAGCAACAACCUGCCCAACAAAACGGCUACGCUCAGGCUCAGCCUGCCGGCCAGUACGGCGGUCCUCCAGCCCAGCCACAGCAGCCGCAGCAGCCCCCGCAACAGCAGUACCAGCAACCGCAGCGCUCGCCUAGCCCACAGCCCAACGUUCCGCCUCCGGACACGCACACGCCGACGGGCCAGUGGGCUGCCAACGGCCAGCCGGUGCUCUUCUAUGUCAAGGCGCUGUACGACUAUGCGGCCCAGUCGCCGGCCGAAUUCGAUUUCCAGGCCGGCGACAUUAUCGCCGUCACGAACACGCCCGAGGACGGAUGGUGGUCGGGCGAGCUGCUGGACGAGGCCAGGCGCCGGCCGGGGCAGACCGACUUCCCGUCCAACUUUGUUACCUAUUUCUAG